ACUUGUCUCAGAAUAUCACUCUCUAUAUUAUUUGAAAAGUUAAUUUAUGACUUAUAAUUAAAGAACAAGUAAAACCAAAAGUAAAUAUAGUAAGAAAAGGGCCACCCAUUGCCUAAGUGUCAUUGUCAGUGGCCCUUGUGCCUAUAUUUAUUACUAUUUAUGUUAUUUAUAUAUAUUUUAAUCAUUAUCCUUGUGUUCCCAGCACCUAGGUCACAUGUUUAUUACCGACAAAUCUUUGUACACAGUAAAUUUUGUCGUGCUUAACAUACAGUACAUCCUGAAUGACAGAAACAGAUGCUGAAUCAUCCUGUCCCCGUGGCACCCUGACAAGAAAGUAAUAACCAUAUCAAGUAUAUCAGCUGCUGGUUCCACUACGUCCCAUGUCCCAUCAGAACUGACAGCAAGUGUUGCCGUACAGAUGGAAAACUAAAGAAACAAGAGAAGAACUUGCGUACAAUACCGGCAUAUAAACCAUCCCUUUACAUAAUAAAUAAAGGGUUUAUAUCUUCAGAGGUCAAGUGAGGCAAUGGGCAUAAUCUGAGGAUGUCAACAUUGUGGGAUUUAUUUUGCUCCAGGAAAAUGCAUACAAAAAGUAAAGAAAAGAGAGCAAAUGGAGGACCGGGGAAAAAUGAACCUGAAAAAAUGCAGAUGAAGCAAGAAAUCACGCUGUUUAAUGGUGUUUCUUUAAUUGUUGGAAAUAUGAUUGGCUCUGGGAUAUUUGUAUCCCCCAAAGGAGUUCUUAUGUACAGCACCUCAUUCGGACUCUCUCUCAUUAUCUGGGCACUUGGAGGAAUGUUUUCCAUGUUCGGAGCUUUGUGCUACGCGGAGCUGGGUACCUCUGUUAUUAAAUCCGGGGCAAGCUAUGCAUAUAUCCUUGAAGCCUUUGGCGGUUUCAUUGCCUUCAUCAGACUCUGGUCUUCCCUGUUAAUAAUAGAACCCACAACACAGGCCAUUAUCGCCAUUACGUUUGCAAAUUAUAUUGUGCAGCCAAUUUUUCUAUCCUGUCAACCACCUUAUGCAGCUGUUCGACUGAUUGCAGCAGCCUGCAUUUGCACCUUAACGUUUAUUAACUGUGUCCACGUGAGAUGGGGGACGAGAGUACAAGACGUGUUCACCUAUGCCAAGAUAAUGGCUCUCAUUAUGAUUAUAUCAGUGGGUCUAGCUAAAAUUGUGCAAGGUGAAAGUGAUAAUCUAAAGAAUCCAUUUGAGGGAUCAACUACAAACAUAGGCUCUAUGGCUCUUUCCCUCUAUUCUGCCUUGUAUUCCUACUCUGGGUGGGACACUUUGAAUUUUGUUACAGAAGAGAUGAAACAUCCAGAAAGGAAUCUUCCUCUAGCUAUUGCAAUUUCAAUGCCCGUUGUUACUAUAAUAUACCUUCUAACAAACGUAGCUUAUUACGCAGUACUGGAUAUGCCUGAUGUUCUUGCAAGUGAUGCUGUGGCAGUGACAUUUGGCAAUGAAGUGCUGGGAUAUGCUAAGUGGCUGAUUCCGAUAGCAGUUGCAAUGUCUUGCUAUGGUGGAUUAAAUUCUUCAAUUAUUGCUGCUUCAAGACUGUUCUAUGUUGGAGCAAGACAAGGCCACCUCCCUGCAAGUCUGAGCUUGAUUCAUGUGGAGAACUUUACACCAGUGCCAGCUCUUCUCUUCAAUGGACUAAUAGCCAUCCUCUAUCUACUUGUGGAAGAUGUGUUUCUGCUUAUAAACUAUUAUAGUUUCAGUUACUGGCUAUUCGUGGGACUCUCUGUCGCCGGGUUAAUAGUUUUACGAAUCACUCAGCCUCAAAGGGAACGUCCUGUCAAGGUAAAUCUUUUCUUUCCUGUGGUUUACUGCCUUUGCAGCCUUUUCCUGGUUUUUGUCCCAAUAUACUGUGAUACAACCAAUUCACUGAUUGGAAUUGGGAUUGCCCUUUCUGGAAUUCCAACAUUUUUUUUGGGUGUUUACUUGCCAGAAGAGAAACGACCAAAAUGUUUUGCUUGGAUCUGCGCAUCAAUAACAAAAUAUGUACAGCUCUUGUGCAAUUGCUGCCUGACUGAUCUCGAUGAAGAAAAGAAAAGUUAAGGUUACGACGAUUAAAGAAAUAUGAAUGCACUUACUCUAAGCGGGAUUUCUAAACUGCAUUUCAGACAUCGAGAAAUUGCACUAUAUAUAAGGCAUGAUGUAUUUAAUCAUUUCAUUCUGUGUAUAUAUAUAAUACAUAUCUUUUAUUUACUCUAUUUUGCAUUGGGUUGAUGUAUAUAUGGUACGUCUCAGCAUAGUUAUGAUCAAAAGCAGAGAACUGUAAUGUAAAUAUAGCACUGCUGUUCCUUUAAACUGAAAUGUUUUAUGAAAUGCAUUGCUCAGCAUUACCGUUAUUAUUCUGAUCCCAUUGUUCUGACUUUGAGCUCUUGGUUUCAGAACCAAUAGUUCUUGUUUUCUCACUAAUUGUUGUCUGCAGGCAGCCUGGUGAUGUAUACUUACACAUAGUAAAUAUAUUGUAUGUACCAAGUUUAAUAUAAUAAAGUAUUUCCGCCAUCUGA